CAAUUCACAGUGAAGCAUAGCAAUAUGUGUCGGAGAGCAGGUCUGUAACGUGAAGUCAGUUGUCUGUUUAUAUUGCAAUUAUCAAUUUUUAUGCCGGACAGGAGACUACACGAAUCUGUUUGCUGUCCAUAUGAUUCAGGAAGACGGUAAUAUGAUAGAAAAUGGAUGCAGUUUUCGCGAUGUAGAAAUAUAUAAUGUUUACUCGGAACUGCAGACACGCGAUGACAUUCAAAGAUCUCAAUUUCUUGAACAGCUAGACCAGACUCUAAAAGACUUAGCAGAUGGCAAGAAAGCCAAAGAUUUUGAGGAAAAUCCUGCUACAACACUGAGAAAGCAUUUACCGGUCAUUCUUAGAUUAUCUUACGACGUGCCGUUCCCCGAUGUAAGAGAGACUUGUGCCAGAAUUAUCCAGGAGCUGGAGGACAAAGGUGUAAAGGUGCCCCGUAGACGUUAUGCUGGACCAUCAAGUUUCAUUUCCUCCAAAGAACUGAUCCCGGUAGAAACUGAUGAUGAAGAAGUUUACUUGCAUUUUGCCGAUGCUUUUAUUUGCAAUGGACGAGUUACAAACGCGAAGCGUUUGAUGAGCUUUCAUCCCCUGUAUCUGGAUUCUUUUAUGAAUACAGAAUCGUUUGUUAUGGAUGGCGAAGGACCAUUGCCCUUUGACUGGCGGUAUUACAUCGGCAUUUUGGCCGCUGCGAGGCAUCAAAGUUCCUAUCUGGUCAACAUAUGUGAAAACGAGUUUCUUUUAAAGAAUGGUGAUCCCAUGUGGUUGAACGGAAUUGAUCACGCUCCCAAAAAGCUGCAAAAUUUGAUGGAUCUCAACAAGAUCCUGGCACACAAGCCUUGGUUAAUUUCACUGGAACACAUACAGGACCUUCUAAAAGGACCAUCUGCAGACACGUGGUCAGUGGCGGAGUUAGUUCACGCGAUUGCGAUUAUGGUGCACUAUCAUUGCCUGGCUGCAUUCGUAUAUGGUUGUGGCAUCAACCCCGAGGUUGACUUGGAUGGUGGUCAUACCUUUGUCACCCCUACAGUGUCAGACUCCAGUUCAAAUGCUGAGCCUACGACACCAACCAGUACUGUUGUUAACGCAUUUAAUGAUGUGCACAGAGAGCAGAACAGCACACAGACCUUACUGGAGAGAAUGAAAAAAGUUGAAAAAGAUCAUGAACAAGAGGAAGAAACGUCACAAGAAGAAGUCCUAAGACAGUUUCACAGCAUACAGAACAAAGAGCUGGACGACUCAAAAGAAAUCACUGCUGUUCCUGAUGUAGCACCAACGUUAGACCGUUACAGAAAAGACAGAGCAUUCCGCUAUGAAGAUUUCGCAAAGCGUGAAAAGAAUGGAAACAUCAGCCCAUUCAGAGCACAGGACUUUUCCUGGCAUAAACAUGGCUACUCUUUAAUCGAUCGUCUCUACCCUGGAAUAGGUUCACUCCUAGACUCCAAGUUCAAAGCGAUCAUCAAUUUAACUUAUAAAACGAUGGGCGAUACAACCGAUGUUGAUACAACAACGUUUCGCUUGGCAACGUGGAAUUACAUUCAUUUAAUAUUUGGAAUUUUUCACGAUGAUUAUCGUUACGACGAGGUCAACCAACUUCUCUAUCGACCGUACAAAGAAUACAUUAAAAUGGUUUGCUGUUACCCAGAAAAAAUUUCACAGUUGGAUUAUCUCAAUUUCUUGGAUUUAAAACAUUCAGAAAAGGUACACAUAAACUUGCUGAUUUUUGAAGCGCGUCUGCAGGCAGAACUUCUUUACUUUUCUCGGAUGCUGUCACUGUACAUGAAGUAAGUAGAGCUGUCAUGUUUUUGUUUCGCUCCAAACAAGCGACCGAUCAUCAGAAGCUGACCCCUUCACGAAAGAUUAAGGACAACUCAGUUAACUAGAUAAAGCUUUUGGUGCAGUCUGCCGAUCCAGAUGCCUACCCAGGCUCUCAGUCAUGCCCUAUUCUUGUCCUUUAGCAAGAUAUUUAAUCAUAUUUCGUAAGGCCGUGUAGCCGCGUAUUUAACCGCUAAAACCGAAAAUACCAGGUAGUAAGAAAUGUUUUACUUUGGUAGUAUUUGCUAAGCAUGCUUCUUUAGCUGGUUAAUUCGUGAUUUUCACAUUAACGAAUACGCUAGAGAUUGAUUCGUGUGAAAUGCAUGACGACUUUUGAGUGUUAGGAUUAUAAUCGAA